UAGUUUAUCUACCAUUCAAAAUAAAUCAAAUCUGGUGCAAGUUUUAAAGCGUUCGCAUCAAAUAAUGACCUUUGUGAUGUUAAGUGUAUAGUUAGAUGCGUACUUCUGGUUAUAGUGAUACACCUUGCAAAAAAAUAAUUGUGAAGGAUAACGCAGUGAGGUUUACUGAUAUAUGGCUACAAAUCGUAUGAUAGCAACACGUAGAUGCUUAUUAGAACUGCCCAGAUGUUAUAGCCUUGGUGACAUGGCUGCUACGCGACCUGUACAGAUCUUUGUGCAGAGAUACUUAGAGAUCAAGUAGAGGCAUCGCCAUAGCGACGGAUCUAAUCAUACCUUGCUUCUUUGUACUUUCACUUGAACCAAAUAUGCAUAAAGUAACAAAACUCAAUUCGGCGUCUGUGGCGCGUCUGCUACAGGCACAUAGUUCCACCAUGACUGGAGUGACUGCAGGACGGGUACGAUCACUGAGUUCUGGGGCUUCAGUAGAGCAUCCGGCACCCCCCCCGCGAGCUCCUCAGGGUAACGAAGUUUCAUUGUUUGGCCCAAAAGAUCAACGUUUGCCUCUUCCAGGCGAUGUAGGUAUUCCGCCGUCAGAGUUACGUCCUGAGUUUACAUAUCGAACGCCACUAGAAAGAAACAGUAGACAUCUAACAGAAUUGGACAUUUAUGGUGUAGAACUUUCUGAGGACCGCCAAAGAAAGAUUUACUCACGACUUGUAAAUGAAACACCACAUGGACCGGAUCUUUCUGAGACCGAAGGUAUUUCACAGUUGGGGCCAGGGCUUAAUUGGGAAGCGCGAGAAUGUCCUCUACUGAUGAAGAAAGACUUUCAGGAGCUCUUUCCCCAAUAUGACAUCAUUACAAUGCCCUUAACUGUGAUUACGGUAACACAGCGCACCGAGUACGACAAUACUCUGUGGAGUGAAGAGGGGGAUUGCGAAAGGCAACGCAUUACGGAAAAUUUCGUUAUUAUGGCCCGCAAGGUUGUGCGACAGCUGACAGCUGCCGGCUACUGGGCGGAUUUCAUCGACCCGUCAUCAGGAAGGCCAUAUCUAAGCCCGAGAUAUCUCAGUGUUGCGGCGCUGUACGAAACCGACGAAAGGUACCGUCAUUUGGGCUUCACUAUUGACGAUGUUGGAUAUUGCAAAGUGAUUACACAUCACGCAUGGGGUCACAACGCGUUUGUCGGAUGUGUGUUUACCAACGCGCCCGUCGACUGCGCCGAAAUGCAAAGAACCCUUGUCAACAACGGAAAAUAAGGAUGGGGCAAAAAGUUGAUAGUAACAAGGAAUCAGUUAUUUUGUACAGGUAGUGAAAAAAAAGUCCAGCUAGCCUAAAAUACACUGAUUAUUAGUGCUGCAUGAAAACGCAUCACCUCAUACUCGAGCGAGAACGGUACACCAAACUAUAUCGGGGCAGCAUCAGUCAUACGCAGAGGGUUUAAUUAAAACCCGGCUACAGUGUGGGAUUCAAACUAAAGCCAUCGAAUGCCGCAGUAAGAGAAAGUUGUUGUUCGUGAGUUUAGUGGUCUUUUUUGAUUCGUAGAUAGAAAGCAAAUGGUGAUAAUAAAUGAAUAAUAAUUGUAAUAACAUAACAGCGAUAAAUGAGAGAUGGAGAAGUAAUCGCUUUUAGGAUGAAAGGCUUUGUUAAGGGAGGGCAAUCCAGUUCUAAUCUUAUAAAGUUAGGUUAUGUCAUUGUCACAUGAGUUGUUAAGUUGGGGAGAGAAGAAAAUGCAUCUUAUGUUAAAUAAAACGGUAGAGUUCGUUAAAAAUACAUAAACAGAAGUGUUCUUAAGUCUGAAACAGGUGUACAGGCACGUUAGUUAGGCAUAGACGUGGUCCUUGCAAUUAGUUUGGUAUUGUCCUGGCGUGAGGAUAAGAGGUCAAGAGAGUGAACUUAAGAGGUCAAGAGAGUGAACUGUAAAAAAUUUAUUUUCCAAUUUGUACCCAAAGUCAAGUAUUUAGGUUAUCUAAAUGUGCAUACAGAUACCAAAAUUAUAUCUUGGGUAGUAAUUUAAAAAAGAAAAGAGCAGAGUAGGCAUCGCGUUAAUAGGAAAAAUCAUAAAUUGCACGAUAUUUGAGGCAUGAUUAACCGACACUUUCUAAUUACCAACUCCCGAAUUCAAUUAACCAAUCCUUAAACAGAUAUUAUUGUUUUUAGAGGAUUAACCGUAGAUUUUUAAUAGUAUUAAAUUCGAUGGCGAUGCGAAGAUGUUUAAAUAUGUGAACCCGUAAAAAAUUGCAAACGGCCAAGUUUCCGGUAGUAAUAGAUGUAGUGUUAAAAGCUGUGUGUUAACUAAAAAAGUACUUAAAAUGUUUCUGUUUCUAAUCUAUUUAUAUUUUAUGCUUAUUAAAAUCAUUAUUUGGCUUUUUACUUGAGAGACUUGCCCGACUUUAAGCUGUAUGGGUUUUAAGAAUAGAAGUGUUCGCCUUUCGAUAAGUAAAUUUUUUCCGCUUACGAACAAGGCGUUUCAAAAUACAUAAUCUCCAGGUUUUGAGGUUCAUGUUGGGUAAGGGAUUUAACAGAUAGAAAUUUAUGUCCGGUAUAAAAAUGUAAAAGAUCUUGACAGUGAACGGUAAAUUGUAACUCUAUAUUUUUUAGCGAAAGCUGGAUCCGGAUAGUUACAUUACAGUGGAGGGCGCCUUAUUUAUACUUUUUUGUAUAGGUGGGCCCGUACGCAUUCAGAGCAUUUUUAAACUCUUUUUGAUUUCAUCAUGAAAAUGGGUAUGUUGAAAAUCAAAAGGCGUAUCUAUAUUGAGCGCUGUUCAUUUAUGUUGGCUUUUCUUACAUAUUAGGCAGUUUAGAUCACCAGAUCUGGCUGUUCAGUUAAAAAAAACUUAACUUAUCUAAGUAAAACAAUAAUCUAUCUAAAGCAUAGUGCCAACGAACUUUUAGAGCACCAUAAAACGUGUUCUAGAGGACGAAAAUUUUGAAACAUGAAGGCUUCGUAAUGUAAAAAGUUUUUGUUCAAAAUUUAACUACGCGGUUUAAUACUGUUGGCGUAUGCCCGUUUAAUCAGUUAAUUUACGCCUUAGCUGUUCUAGAGUAGAAGUUUUACCAAAUAUACAACAGAUGUGGUGGAAACCGUUAAAACUGGUAUAUUUAUUGAUUUUUUUCUAUGUAUUGACUUGAUUUACAAAAAAUUUAAAUUAAGUGUUUUACGCAAGUCUGAUCUGAGACGAAGUAUAAUCUUGAUACGAAUAAAAUAGUGUCAUAUGAAACUGUUUUCAAUGAUAGCCACUGUACAAAAAAUAUGUGAACGGAUCUACUGAAGCACCGGCAGCAGAAAUAUAGAGUAGUCUUAACUCUGUACUGUUUCUAAUAUAAAUUACAAAAAUGCCCUUCCUAAAAUAAACAUCCCAAUACAGUAAAUACGUGAUUUUAACCCAUGUAUUUUAUUAAUAUUAGAAGUGAAUAUAUUAUGAAGCUGUUGUAGGGAAUUCCGGUGUACUUUAAAACUGAAUAACUUUUGAGCCAUGUAGUGCUGUAGAAUAGACGCUUGAUUACCAAGUGUUGAUUUUCAGAACUAAAAGAGUUUCUUUCUAAACUCAUUCCUCCUUGGGAAAUCUUAACCGAUUUUCAUUUACAGGUUUCUGGAGAACUGGAAUGUUCACCGGUAAAAUUUUGUUCACCGGAGGCUCCUAGUUCAGAAGUUAUAUAAUUUCAAAGUAGCCUAAUACAUAGAAAAAGGCGUAUUUAUAUCGGCGUACGCAGAUUUUAACAGCUCGAUUUACUCUGAAAAGAAAGUGUUUGUAAUCAUUUUUAAAAAUUUCCCACAGCCAGCGCACUAGCCUGAAGCAUAACUUGUACGAUCUGAAAUUCUACCUUACUAGGUUUUAGGCAUCGUGUCACUCCUUCGUUAAUGUGACAGCAACGUAAAAAAAGAAACAGACCAAAUUGAGUUGUUGGAAAUGUUUGCAAGAACUUUUCAGAAUGGAUUUUCAGAACGUUCAGAAUUGUGAGACUCGAUUAAUUUCUUAAAAAUAAAGCCGAACUGCUUAACACGACCAGGAACGCUAAUUAGUAGUGGGGCAUUGUUCCCACUAACUAUAUGGUCGAGGUAGUUUUAAAUUGACUACUUUAGUUGUUAGACUGAAGAUUCGUUUAUUAGGUAAUACUGCAAAGACAAUAAAACCGCGGUUGGACUCGUCAGCUUUCGCUAGUUUUUCCGAAAUGGUGUAUUGUCAUUGAUGGUGUCCAUUUGGCCGAUAAUAUGAAUCGUUUUCACUUUUGUCAGUCUGCCUGGCAUCGACCAAAGAACAACUCUAUUCACGUAGGUUUAUCAAAUGUUGGAUGAUUGCCACUAGCGUCGCUGAGCUGUAGACCAAAGGACGAUCAAAAUUUUGUGGAAAAGGCUACCCUCGGCGUUUGGCUUUCCUGAAAAGUAUGCACUGCUUCAACAGUUCAGUAUGUCUACAGGGAAUUAUCAAAAUGCUCAUCUGAACGAGAUACUCGAUGAACAUGUAAACGUAAAAACGCGUGCUUUUAUGGUUUGCUCACAAUGUCGAACAGAUGUUACCAUGUAGUAUUAACUUAUGAGGUUUGUUAGUCUAAAACGUGACAAACAUCAAUUUCAUACUACAAAGUGAUGCUAUUUUGUAACGGUGGGGUUUCGCAACUCGGGUACACAUGAGAUGUGUACCCUUCGAAAGCUGAGACUACAGACUCGGAUAUAGUUAAGCUUUUAGCGGGCGAGUUGCAAUAUGCCAUGAAGAAUCAGAAAAUUUGAAUGGUCUACGGAUAUGAGUUUUGUUUCAAAGCUACAGUAGUGACAACAGCUCGCUUUAUAAACCUUAAAUUCGAUACAGGUUCCGCUCCUAGAAAGAUUUGAGGCGUUGAUUCGAAAAACUACAGAAAAACAUUUGAGCUGUAAAUAAUUAAUCUCAUGGAAGACUCCCUGUAAGGGUGCUGCAUGAUUUGAACAAGAAUAAAAAAAAAGCGUAGAAACGCUUACGUUUUUUCCGUUGUCACAUUACGGCACUGACUUAAUCUUGCACUGUCUUGCAAUAUGUGAUAAAUUCUCUAUAAUAAUCACAAAGGGUCACAUCAGUAAGAAAAUGCACAGUGGACUUUGCUUAUUUCCACCAUGCUGGUCCAGAAUUGUCCGUGGCCGGUCCACCGUGGCCAUAUUGUACGUUAGCUUUCCUUUUAUUUUCAGCCAUAGCCGGGAUUGGCUAUCAAGCUCUUCAUCGAACUUCCUGUAGUUGUUUCCUUAGUUUUCACCAUUUUCUAAACAUCCUGCCAGAUGUCGAAGGUGGCUUUCUGGCUCUAUUCGGGUUCUCAACAUUGUUCGGGGGUAACAACCUCUUAUCCCCCAAAAGAGUCUCACGGAACCAUUUUGGCUAAGACCAGGAGCCGUUUGAUAAAAACCCGCCAGUACGUUCAGCUGAUUCUAAUCGUCAGCAUCUUUUACUCAUUGAUCUUUUACUCGCCGAUUGUAAUGCCACGUGCCUUCAAAUGGCUAAUGUGUGUAUUGCUAUCCGUUCCGCAAAAAAAGGUAGGAGCCUGCAUUCAAUAGAACUUGAGGAAUUCUCGAUACUUACAUGUUUAUAAUAAAUAAUAACACAAUACGUAUUCGGUCUGCUUGGCGAUAAACAAUUGUAUAUCUUUUCCCUUUAUUUAUCUCUCCUUAUUUUCUAAGGUCAGUUUGACGCUGCUCGUCUUUUUUAUUAUUAUUCACCAUGACCAUAAACCCUAGCAUUGUUGUCAUAAUACCUCUAUUGUUUUUCCUCUAAUUAGACUAUUACAGUAUAACUUUAACUCGCAAAAAUGUAGGUGCAAUUAUAGGUAUCAAUAAUAUCAUUUCUAUAUUUGAGAGAUUAUAUUGUUUAACGUUUGUUCUUCAUUUUUUUUUGCAUCAAAUUACAACAAAUAACGUCGACGAGUUCCGCUUUGUGUUUUUGCACUAUUCCUUGCACUAUAUAUAUGUAUAUAUAUAUAUAUAAUGGAAUACUAAUAGUCAUAUUGUAUGUUGGUGUACGCACUUUUCUCCUGUUCGUAGGCGUAUCAGUUAUUAACUGUCUUAUGUGUCUGUGUGUAUUUCUGUGCGUAAAUCUAACAGGGUUUAAUAUUAAUAAGAUGCCACUGUAUCAAUGCAAACGUUUGAUGCUUUGACUCAUUAUAUCGUAAUCUACCAAACACCUCUUUGCAUUCCGCAUAUCCUGUUGACAAUGUAAACACGUGCGUGUAUACGUACGGCAUCGUACGUAUGUUAUGCUUUUUUAGAAGUAUUUUUGUUGUAUCUGCUAUUGUUGCUCAACUGAAAUAGCUAUCGUUAGUGAGACGACUUGCUGUUGUUAUUGUUAUUUUUGGCCUUGCUUUGUCUUUGUCGGGGGGUAGCCGUCUUCUUCCAGGCCCAAUAAUUACUCAUCUCGAUUUGGUCGCUAUCAUCCUGGACUCACUGAGUGGGCAACUGAGAUCCGCCUUCCCUC